CGCACAUUAUAAGAGUAAAUUGACGAUCAGCUGAAGUUGUUAUAUGAUGUCAUUUCUACAAGUAUACGCAAGUUUGUGUAAGAGCUGCCUUAACAAUGGCUGAUUGACACCCAGAUGGCACAAAUAUAUUCCCUGAUAAACACAACGAAAUUAUUAUAGUGACAGAUGUGGAGGACGUGUUCUUAACUUUAGUCUCCAAUUGUUUGCAACAACGAAACGAAAAUCAUGUACCUAUACAUAGAUUCGUAUUUCAUUCUGUUCCCGGAAGAUGUCAGGCAACUGUAAGUCAGUGACGUGGCAGUGUACCGCGUCAGGCGCUGAGUGUGGGAGACGUGUGUGAUGUGUAGCUAAUGCUUUUCGUGUCGUAAACUGAAGAAACUUAACAUUAUUUCUUCAAGCUCUGUAUCGCACCAUAGUAUUUGCUUGUAUUUUGCAAUCCCCCCUAUUGCUGUCGUGCAAAAGGUGGGCAGGACAAGCAGAGUUAUAAUUUCGUAGUCAAAUUAAGUUGUGAUUUUAACUUAAGACGCCAGCUAUGAAUAGCCAAACUCCAAAAGACUACAGGGGAAAUGAAAUUAAAAAUACAAGCAAUACCAUUAUUUCAAAAAAUAGCAAGAAAAAAAGUCGGCAAAACAAAGAAACAGUGCCGGUACUUGUUAAUGAUGAUGACAAACAACAGUCAAACACCGAAGACGAAAUUCAGGAAAAAUUGAAUGUCUCUUUGCAGGACCUGCGUUUGGCAGCAGAGACACUCACAUUUCACCGACGUGCAGGAAGAAGUGAUGUAGAUGUAGAACAAAGGCAGUAUACGUUCUGGAACACUCAACCUGUACCAAAAAUAAAUGAAUCCGUCACGUGCAGUGGGCCAAUAGAAGCUGAUAAACGUGUGGCUGAAAUCCGGCAGACGCCGUUUUCCCUACCGGAAGGUUUCAGAUGGGACACACUUAACCUGAGUGAUCCAACGGUUUUACAGGAGCUCUACACGCUACUCAAUGAAAAUUAUGUUGAAGAUAACGACUGCAUGUUUAGAUUUGACUAUCCACCAGAGUUCCUAAAAUGGGCGUUGCAGCCCCCUAACUGGAAAAGAGACUGGCACUGUGGUGUUCGUGUAAUGAAAAACAACCGUUUGGUCGGUUUCAUAAGUGCAAUUCCCGCCAAAUUAAGGGUAUAUGACCAAUCUCUGAGUAUGGUAGAAAUAAAUUUCCUAUGUGUGCAUAAAAAGUUGAGAUCAAAACGCGUCGCCCCUGUACUGAUUCGUGAAAUAACCCGUCGUGUGAAUCUUUGCGGUAUAUUUCAGGCUGUGUAUACUGCUGGAGUUAUUCUGCCCAAACCUGUGGGAACAUGCAGAUAUUGGCAUCGAUCGCUCAAUCCGAAAAAGCUUAUUGAAGUGAAAUUCUCCCACCUGAAACGAAAUAUGACCAUGCAAAGGACCUUGAAGUUGUACAGACUGCCAGAUUCGACAAAAACUCGGGGUUUCAGGCAAUUAACUGCAGCAGAUUCAUCGAGUGCGCAUAUAUUACUAAAUCAGUACUUAUCAAGAUUCGAGCUUGCACCAGUUUUUUCCCAUGAAGAGUUUUGUCACUGGUUUCUACCGAGACCCGGUGUAAUUGAUAGUUUUGUAGUUGAGAAAAACGACAAGAUAACGGAUUUUGUAAGUUAUUAUAGUUUGCCGUCAACAGUUAUGCAUCAUCCGACACACAAGACCUUGAAAGCAGCGUAUUCUUUCUAUAACGUCUCAUCAGAAACUCCUUGGCUUGAGCUAAUGACAGAUGCCCUCGUGACCGCAAAAAAUAGUGGCUUCGAUGUCUUCAACUCACUGGAUGUAAUGGAUAAUAAACAGUUUCUUGAAGCAUUGAAGUUUGGAGAGGGUGAUGGAAAACUGCAAUACUACUUGUAUAACUGGCGCUGCCCGCCGAUGGAUCCUACUAGAAUCGGUUUAGUUUUACAAUAAGUGUACUUAAAGUGACAUUAACACCGGCGGAUACAAAUGUGCCCAAGAAUGUCUGCUUAUUAAUGUUCAUUGGAUCAUUUGGGAAACUUUUUCAGUGUUUCUUAUUAGCUAGUACCGGUACCCGCUCGUCUUGUGAAGCAAGAAUAUAAGUAGACUGGUUUCAUUUUAUCGAAAACAUGAACGCUUAAUUCUGUGAUACAUUUCGUUCUUUGCUGCCAUGGUAAAAUUGGUAGUUCAGUAGGUAGCAAACUCCUUAAGUAUCUUGUCUUUUAGUAUGUGUCCAUUUUGUGCAUAACUGAAUCUGCGGCUGAAAAUUAUGUUGUAGAAAGAUAAUUGUUUCACUGGGAGGCCCAACC